GAGAGGCGGAGGAGGAAAAGGGAGAGAGAGAGCGCGAAAGAGAGAGAGAGAGAGAGAGCCCAGCCCUUGAAAACGCACACACACGGCAACAACACGGCCGAGAUCGAGAGACUCCGGGGGGGGAUAAAAAAAAAAGAAAAAAGCAAACGAGAGCCGAGCCGAGCGGAGCGGAGCGGAGCCUUCCCUUCGACGCUGCGGAUAUGAUCUGAGCAGCAGACAGGAAAGCAACGGUGAACGCAGUCUCUCUCUCUCCCCCCCUGCGUUGAUUGAUUAAUUUGCAAAAAAAAAAAAAAGGUUUGGAAGAAAAAAAGGAGAGAAAAAAAAUCGCCCGCCACACACAAAAAAAAAGAAAAAAGAAAAAAAAGAAAAAGAGGGCACAGUUGCUAUUCAGAUACAGCUACACCCAAAUCCGACCGACUCCCCCCCCUCCCCUCCUCCUCCACACCUUCUUCUACUCCACCCCUCUUCCGCUGGACCCGCGCAGCAAACCCGAGAUGCACACGGAGACCCGAAGCAAGAAAUGCCAGCCGAGUCCAAAGCAGAGGAGAAGCGGGGGAGGUGCAGCCAGCACCCAGAGGAGGUCGCCCAGGAGCCCGCCCGCCCAACUGCCGCCGCCGCCGCCGCCAGCCUCUCCCCCACAGCAGCAGCAGGAGGAGGAGCAGGUCGCCAGUCCCCGGCCGUCACAGCAGGACAAGGAGGACGCAGAGGAAGAGCGCGAACACGUGGCCACGUGGCCCAGGAAGGAGGUGAAGGAGGAGAAGGAGAUGCCCUCAGUCCAGAUCAAGUUGGAGCCAGAGGAGAGGGAGUGCACGCAGGCAGAUGAAGGUCACGGGUGUUUGCAGCCCACAGACUUGAAGGUGAAAACAGAGCCGCAGGUCUGUAAGACAGAAAGCUCCCACUCGCCUCACCCUGCCGAGGAUCAGAUGGAACCGGUCGACUUGUCACUCAACAAGCCCCGCCCCUCCUCGCUCCCGGUCUCCACGGCAACCACCACCACCUUAGCCAGCCUAGCCCCAGGCAACGUGGUGGCCCAGCCCAGCCUGUCAGCCACGCCCGUCCCCACCACCGUACAGUCGCUAGGAUCCAUGGUUCUGUCCCCGGGCUCCAUAUUGGCCACUCAGGGUGCCGGGGGCCAGCAAAUUCUGCACGUCAUACACACCAUUCCCUCAGUCAACAUGCCCAGUAAAGUGGGCCAGCUGCAGACUAUCCCCGUGGUGGUCCAGUCCCUGCCGGUCGUCUACACUGCCAUGCCCACCGACGGUGUCGCCACGGCAGCCAUCACCGUGCCCCUCAUCGGCAGCGAUGGGCGCUCGGAAGGAUCAGUGCGUAUUAAGCCGGGCUCGACGUCGCCGGUGGAGUACCAGAGUGACAGUGACGCCGAGAGUGGCACCGAGUCAGGAUCAGCGUCCUUCAGUGCACAGAGCCUUGACGCGGGGUCGGGUAUUGACUUUGAGCCAGUUGAUCCUGAUUCACCAGACAUCAAAAGGAGGCGGAUCCACAUGUGUGACUAUGAAGGCUGUAAAAAAGUUUACACCAAGAGCUCCCACCUCAAAGCCCACCGGAGGAUACACACCGGAGAGAAGCCGUACCACUGCACCUGGGAGGGCUGCACCUGGCGCUUCGCCCGCUCCGAUGAGUUGACCCGCCACUUCCGCAAGCACACGGGCAUCAAGCCCUUCCGCUGCACCGAGUGCGACCGCUCCUUCUCCCGUUCCGACCACCUGUCCCUGCACCGCCGACGCCACGUCAUGAUGUGACCUCCCGACGCUUGACCACCCGCACGCACGCACACGCACACCCGCAACCAAACCACCCACCCGCCUUGACCUUCGACCCCCGUAGCCCCGCCUCCCAGGCCUCUUAGAGGAUUUGAAAAAGCAAAACGAAAAAGGUGCCCAGCACGUCGCGUGCCAGUGCUCACCCUGCUUCCUGUUUUCAGAACCCCUCCGCCUGCUUGCCUGCCCGCUCAGGACUUUACCGCAGAGGAGAGCAACUCCGGAGUGAGGGCUAACUUCUU